UGUUUUCAAACAGUCGUCCGGAUUGCGUUGGGUGGUUCGCGGUCGUUCGACGCGGUCGUUACAGGGCGGCAGAGUUCCCUCGCUCUCUCAUCCAGUCGAUGUCAACGCACCGACACACCGCGGAAGCAAUGACAUCGCGAAACAUGGAUGGAAAUGAAAACUCGAGCAGCUCGCGCCGUUAUUGACCGCCCGUCCGUUUCGAAAGCCACAGCGACCAGACCACACCGCGGCCGAAUCCCGCUGUUAUCGAUAUCGCGUCGAGGGUCCAGCGAGGAUCACCGUGUGUCGUGUGUGAUCGCGUACGAACGAACUUGCAAGAGGAAAAGAAAAAAGAGAAACGCGAACAGAGUGAAUCUCGGCGAGUCUGGUUGGAGAAAAUCCAAAUGGAAGGUCUUCUGUCGCAGAAACCUACUAGCCGUCUGUGAACGCCGGUGAACCGUGACGAAAGAUGCAGCGCCGAUGACAAACAGAGCUUCCCCCUAUCGAGAAACAAUUCCUGAGAGAUCAUCGCAGGCUCGAGGCAGAUCCUUUCCUUGAUGAGAAGAGACCUUGGGCUAAUCCUUCAGUUCAGAGAUAGCUGGUUGGGAGCACGAUUGUCGGCACGGAGGAAAAGAAAGAAAAGCCAAGCGGCUCGCGAUUGAUUGCUCGCGAUGGGUCGGAAGCACAAACGUCGCCUGAUACCGGAACAGGAUCGCAGGAUAUGCGGCAGUAUCUGCUUCUGUCAGUUCACCAUUGUCAUCAGCUGCGUGGCGCUGGUUUAUCUGAGCGUGGCAAUCUAUAUGCCGUCCCACAGAGCUUUUCACGCGGGGAUCGAUCCUGAUCCGGUCAUGUGCCAAACCAUUAACACGACCUUAACUAAUAAUUGUGGCUGGGCGAGUUGCGGGGAAUGGUGCUUGACGAGAACCACGGGAUUUUGUCCUCAGAUCCACGCAACCGUACGGAGAAACGGGACCGACAUCGUUUUCAAGAACUGCACGAAAUUCAGCAGCAUAUCUUGCCCGCAGGUGAACAUGGCGUCCCUAAAGAGGUACAAUUGCAACAAUGGCAGCGAGUGUAGCGUGCUUUCGGGAGUGUUCAACUGCAGCCUUGGCCACUGUGUAAACAUAAGCGAGCUGAUGUUGUGCCACCACAAGGCCGACGGCAUCGUCGUCGACAGCGAGAAGGACAACAUGAAGCUGAAUGGCUUCUUCAGCUGUCAGAGCUCGAGGUGCACGAAAAUCAAAAGCCCCUUUAGCUGCGAUCGUUAUUGCUCGAAGAUCCCUACGUCAGACGUGAACGUGUACCUGAUGCAGGACGACAACGUCAUCACCGCGAGAUGCGAACGCGGCCUAGCCCUCAACAAAGCAAAUGGAAAUCUGCCUGGCGUUAGGUUAACCCCGCCUGAACAAUUCUGGGACGAUCGGAACGGAAGUAUCGUUGCCAGCUGUUUGCACGUGAACAAAGAAGUCGACGAAGUAAGGACGGAGGAUUGCGUGAACGGCACCUUGUUACGGGAUAUACCGGUGCCUCAGCCGAGCAUCAACUUUACGAGUUUUCUGCAUAUAUACGAGAGGAGUUUAGAGUAUCCUGUGGAUCCUGCGAACGUCUACGUACCGGCACAAAGAUCCCUCACAAUAUACAAUAGUUCCCGCCUUUACAUCAACUUCGAAGGUUGCGUCAACACCCUGAAAGGGGAAUGUAAAGAUUUCCUCGCCACUCACGGCCGAGAUGGCGACAAUCAGACGGCGCAGAGUCGAUACCCCUGUUACUACAAUCAGAACAACUCGUUCUUAGUCGUGGCACGAUUCGAUUUGAACAAGACACGGACGGAAUUGCUGAUCGCCAUCAUCGUGCCGUCGGGCCUGUUCGUCAUCAGCCUGACGACGCUCGUUAUCAUAACGCGGUCGGUGCAGGUCGGCGACGACGCGAAGAUGCGUUGCCGUUACUGCGUCGACAAGCAGGAGGUCGAGGGCGAGGACGAAGGACUCGUCGAGGCUACGCCAUCCUCGUCCCAAGGUCAGAUGAACGAGAACGAGAUCAAAAGCAUGGCGCUCUAGCAGUUUAAGCCGAGCACCGUGCUCCGUUACGAGAGAGUGCCGUUGAUCGACACCGACGAAGCUGAAGACUCUUUCUGAGGUGCAGGACGAGCGCUGCUCCAGAUCUCGAUUAGAAAUUUCAUCGGCAAAGUGAACAACUGAGUCGACUCUCAACUCUCCCCGAAACAACUUUUCAGUACAAUAUCUCGCGUAUUUUUCGCGCAAAGUAAUGACCAUCGAACGUUACUGAAUUUCCUCUAGAAGUUAAGUUGUCUGGUGUGGACGCCGCUUAACGAACCUCUCGUUACUUGCGGAACGAAAGAAGAAAGUGUAGAUGUGUGUUAAUGUUUGUGUGAUAAUUGAAUGGCAGUACUAAGGGGAAAUGUUAAAAACGAACGUUGUGCUCUAAUCGUGCAAACGCUUCAGCUGCAUCGCACUGUUUACAAAUUGACCGACUGAAACGCUUUCCGCAAACGAUCAUCGACUCGAUCAGCCGCCAUGUAUGUACUUUCGCGAAAGUAUGAAACGAAGGAGUAGAGACGAUCGACAAGCAUUUCAUGUAAAUAUACGGCCGUAGGAUGAGGGGGAGGUGCACGCGUGUUUAAUUGGUUUUGCGUGGUCAAUCGCAUUUUUGAAAACUGAAAUUAAAAGUGAAGACUGAUUUCCUUUAUUCGGUGACGUACAAUCGCUUUUGCGUCCAGCGGAUUUUUCUAUCUAUUUGGACGAACAAAUUAUCCAGCGUAUGUUGAGUUCGAUUGGAAUUUAAUCGAUUGGCCAGUCCGAUUUGUUGUUUGUAACAUGCGGUCUCUCUUCGUGCACUUUCCGUAAGAGCGCACAAUAAAAUGUGUUCGAACCGAAUACUACAUCGUUUCCACUAUUAUUCGAUCGUAGAAGAUUUCAUCAGUCGUUCGAUAUAUCACGGGAAAAACCAGAAGGAAAUGCUUGGUGCAGCACAAAUCAACGGAUAAUAAAUUCUCGAUUCUUCGAGCGAAUGUUAACACAUUAAAGAUCGUAUUUUUCCUCUUUUCACGAUUAAAGAGACCAAACAUAAAUGACUCCAAGGAUCUUGCAUCAAUAAUAAAUUAAAUUGAAAAUAAUUGUCAACUGAAAGUGACAAGACAAAAAUUCUCCUAUUCUUUAAAAUCUCCGUAAAAUUAUCGGCGAUGUGUUAAAGCGAAAGCUUGCGAUUAGAAUGGAUCUUUAGAUCGUCUUCCCGGCGGAGAGAAAAGACGGAGGUACGAGAAAGAUAAAAAGUUUAAAAGUAAAAACAAGAAAGUUCAAAAGUUACCCACAUUAGGGGCCAAAGUAACUACAUAAAUAACUGUCUAAUCGAAUGUUUGUAUAAAUCGUAUACGAAUAUUUUACAUUAUCACCGUUGCCUUGAACAAUUUGUGACUGCUUUGACUAAUCGUGCUAACAAAAUUAUGUUCAACGCAUGUAUUGAUAUGUAAUUUGUAAAAGAUUGCAGGCUGGUAUAUUGGAUUAUUAGAUGUAGAAAAAAUUCUAUGCCCCUAGUUUUAUAUUCAACGUAGAAUAGCUACUUAUUCUCAUGUUUCAAAACUGGAACCUUUUCAACUCCUUUCAUACAAUAAUUCAUCUUGUCUUUGUAUCAGGAAUUUUUUAGACACAGAGAGGCAGAACUGUUAGAACGCAUAAGUAGAAUUAAAAAAUUUUGAAAUAAUUUCGCAGAACAACGUAUGCAAGUAAAUACAUAAAACUAUGAGCGAGUAAUUUUUUUUCUACGCCUAAUAUUUUCACUUGAGAAAGUACCUUUUACUUUGCCUUGAAUAGUUGAAAAAGUAAGAUUAUUAGUGAAAUAAUCUCGGAACCUAACAUAGUUAACCCGUAAUUAAAGGAAGUGGAUUUGAGUCAAACGUUCGAAUAUUGUAUCAUAAAUCCAUAAACACGCGACGAGUAUUUUCUGACUGUAUACAAUAAAUAUAUUUCGUAAAGGAGGAUGUAGAGAGAAAGUAGAACGAAAAAAAGAAAAGAAGGCACCAAUGAUAAAAUAUAGUCGACCGGUUAGUUGUAAAAAAUUCAUGUCUCUCGUCCGUGCGCGCGCGAUAAUUCAGGGCACGGACGAAAAAUACCGCGAUGCUUUCGAUGUACAUGGUAGAUUAGAGAGAAAAAAAAAAUUGAUUCUGUAAAAGUUAUUCGUUAGGUUCUCCAGUUUUCGAGCGUACACUGAAGCCGACUUAACCUCGGUUGAUCUCGAGUUUCGACUGUCAACGAACGUACACUUAUAUUUCACACUUGAUAGUGUUGUAAAGCAAAGAAUAUAAAAGCGUAGAAUAUAACGUACAUAUAUAAUAAAUAUAUAAUACCUAUGUAUAUUUCAUUUCGAACAUUACGACUGCCUAUUAUGAUGAAAAUUAUGGCGUCGUUCGUUUGCGAUGAAUGCAACUGAGACUUGAUCAGAGGGUUGAAUUUUUUUUACAGGCUAUCACAGGGUAUUUUUACAAUCGUCAGAAUAUGUAUCUGAGAUUUUACAACUUUGAAAUUGAUACAGUCUCGUUCAAUCUUCAAUCAAAUUAGCUGCGAAACGUUGAGUUUAAUUAUCAGGUCAGAAAUUUCAUUUUUCGACUUUGAAUCGUGCUAUUGGAAAAACUUUCUAAUUCAAUCGCGGAAAAAAUUCUUAAUUCAUCGACGGCAUAAUGUAAUCGUAAAUGAAUGACGCCAUUCUUUCGCUAGCAUGAAAGUUUCUGUUCAUAAAAUAAAUGUAAAUAUGAUGCGUGUAUUGAUUAUAAAAAUAACAAGAAAUGAUAGUUGUUGUGUGAAUAAAUGUGUCAUUCGACAGUUGCUGCUUCAAGCUAUUCACAGUAUAACGAGAAACAAUUUACUUGUUGUAACAUAUUAAUAUUCGAUUGAGCAGCAACUAAUUUUCGAUCAUUGCAUUAUGUUACUCUACUGAUUGAAACAUUUUAGAUUAAAUUUAAUUCAUUGACAGUAGAGAACAAAGAAAUAUCUUCUUGACAAUUUUCAAAUUAAAAUCUUAUUUAAAGAGGACUUUUAUGUUUGACAAAUAUAGAUCAUAAGCUGGUAUACAACAUGUAGACAAAAAAGAAAAAAUUGUGUUAUUGACACAAGUAAAAUAUAAACAAUUAAUAGACUCAUAUACAUUUUCAUAUUCGUCACAGUCUAUGUGCCUUCUUCCGUUUACGCUGAAGUUGAUAAACUGUAAUCAAUCGUGUCUUCGAAUAGCGUAACUCUUUCGCUACAAGUUUACAUGAAUCAAAAGCAUUCCUAUUGUGGAGGAAUGUCUCUAUUAACUUUACAGGGAACAAUCAAAUAAAACCUUUGAUCAACUAUAAAUCUAGACGAUAUUGUGAAACGAAUUAAAUUUCGAUGAAACAAGGGGCAAAAGAAUUUUUUCAGCGAAUUAAACAGCGAAAGAGUUAAAUAAACUGCGUCUAUAAUGUAUUAAUGUAAAUUGAACGGAUCUGUACUUAUACGAACAGUAUAUAUAUAUAUAUAUAUAUUAUAUUAUAUGAUAUAUUUAUGUUAUAUCCGUUUAUCGUCUGAAUAUAUUUGUAAUAACAUACAUGUAUGAAAUAAUACAACUUAUAUGUGUCGUUUAUAAUAAAAUAACUGUUUAU